GGGCAAAACCUCCAUAACAAGAUCGAGUCGGCAAUAAUCGUCUCUCUCUCAAAAGGUAAAGAAAAAAAAUGGCACCACCACCAAAGGGUGUAAUGAUUUCAGUACCAGUCUUGGUAGCUUCAGUAGCUGCCUCCGCCAUUUUCAUCUUCUUCCUCAUUCCUUUCCUCUCAUCUUGCUCCACCACCCCCUGCAAUUGUCCCACUUCUACCAUAAAAACAAUCACCACCGCCCCUACCAGUACCAAUAACUACCAGAGAUCAUCAACCAAUCAAAUCUCUCCUACUCAAGAAGACAUCGACUGGUGGAAAAAUCAAAUCCAAAAGAACCAAUUACAGGAUUACAUGGAAACACGUAAUAAGCUUCGUAAAGGGAUUAAUCCUCGUACUCGUGCUCAACAACUCCAAGAUCUCAUCCAGUUUAAAGGAAUUUCACAUUAUGAAGGUGAGGAAUCUGAGAAUCACACUGUUUUAUCAUGUCCUGGUGAGUUACUAGUAGAGGAACACCAUAGUAAUUAUGGAGAACCGUGGGCAGGUGGUAGAGAUGUAUUUGAAUUUCUAGCUGAAUCGAGUAAGUUAAUUCCGGGUUCUCGAGUUCUUGAAAUUGGGUGUGGUACUCUUCGUGUUGGUUUACAUUUUAUUAGGUACUUAGAUUCCCAACAUUUUCAUUGUUUAGAAAGAGAUGAAUUGUCAUUGAUAGCUGCAUUUAGGUAUGAACUACCAUCCCAAGGUUUAUUACACAAACGGCCCUUAAUUUUGAAAGGGGAAGAUAUGGAUUUUACUAGAUUUGGAUCGGAUGUUGUUUACGACUUAAUUUAUGCUAGUGCUGUUUUCUUACAUAUGCCGGAUAAUCUUGUGUGGAUUGGAUUAGAGAGAUUAAGUGGUAAAUUGAAACCAUCUGAUGGAAGGAUUUUUGUUUCACAUAACAUUAAGUUUUGUUCGAGAUUAGGUAGUGAUGAAUGUACUAAACGGUUGUCGCGUUUAGGUCUUGAAUAUGUUGGAAAACAUACUCAUGAUAGUUUGUUGUUUAAUCAUUAUGAGAUAUGGUUCGAGUUUAGAAGAUCUAUGCUGUAGGAUUGUAGGUAAUUUGUCAUUUGUGAAUAUAAUUGGAGUUGUAACUCGGAAAAACAUGGGAAGAAACUCAAGUAACUUCAAUGUGCUUGUUGUGUUGCGGCUCGGCCUGUGUUCUUGCAAGAUCUACAAGGGUGAACUGUUCCACGAGUGAUGUUUAUUUUCUUUAUGAGGAAGAGAGGGACAAUUUUGAAGAUCACUCUGCCAAUGUGUUGUGAAUUUGGAAGAAUCGAAAACCUUCUGUGUAUUAUCAGGAAUUUGGACGGUUUUGCCACUUGGGUAUAGAAGGUUGGAAUGAUUUUUUUGAAGUGUCAUUUGCUUUGUGAAAGAAGUACUCAUUUGUUCUGUAAAAACUGAUUAUAUAUCGAUUCUAUUUUAAUUUUUAAAUUGAUUGCUACACUUCCCAUGUUCAAGUGCAGCAAGUGAAUGUGAAGUGUAAUAGCCAUUUUAAACUUAAAGCUGGUUGACUAGCCUCUGUGCUAGGAUAGAAGA